AUGAGUAUACAUCCAAACGUACAAUGGUCAGAGCGCCCAGACAAGCUCUUGAUUACAAUCGAUAUGCCAUGCACCAAUGUUAAGGUCAAUUUCACAGCGACUCACUUCUCGUUCUCAGGCACUUCUGGCGACAAGAACUACGUCGUCGAGUUCGAUCUGUUCAAGGAGGUCGUGCCCGAGAGCUGCGCCACCAACAUCAAAACCAGAAACCCAGUGUUCCUCGUCGAUAAGAAGGAGGAAGGCUACUGGAACCAUCUGCUUGCCAACAAGGCCAAGUCUCGCUUCGUGUCAAUCGAUUGGAGCACCUGGAAGGACGAGGACGACCUGGACGAGGACGAGGAGGAGCGCGGAGGCGGCGGCGGCGGCGGUGGAUUCGAUCCAAGCCAGUUCUCUGGCAUGGGUGGCAUGGGCGGCGGCAUGGGCGGCCUCAGCGAACUGAUGAGCGGCAUGGGAGGCAUGGGCGGCAUGGGAGGCAUGGGCGGUAUGGGCAACAUGAUGGGAAUGCCAGGCAUGGAGGAUUACGAGGGCGAAGACGAUGAGGACCUCGAGGAUGCCAAGCUCCCAGAGGACAGAAUGGACACCAACGAGGAGAGCAAUGCUACUGCCACUGGCAAGAAGGAGGACGAGGAGGAAGAGACCAACAUCAACUCUGUCGAC